AUGUCGACACGACAAGAUUUUGCCUCGUUUACUGCGUAUACUCCUCCACCGGAUGCUCCUCACGAGGCUGGAACCUCCAAGUCGAAGCGCCCGUGGUUCCCUGCGCACCAGUCCUCAAACUUUGUACAGAAUGUGCCAGGGCCCUCCACUGGGUCCUAUCAGGCUGGAGGCGUGCCCACGUUCGGAACAUCAAUGGGCGGCGGAGCCGGGCACGUGGAAGAUCAGAUGGGAGCGAACGAAUGGGAGACGAGGUUUGGAUGGAGGGUGGAUGUUGAGGCGGCUGUUGCUUACUUGGGCGGUCCUAUUACUGCUUUAUUGCUCCUAAUUAUCGAAACAACCAACGACUUUGUUCGAUUUCACGCAUACCAAUCCGCCUUGCUCAUAACGCCCUUACUUCUCUUACGAGGGUUCAUGGGAUUGAUCUUCCCUUCAUGGCUGCAAUUUAUAUCAACCAUGUCGAUCGUCAUUGCAGGACUAUACAUGGCGUUCCGGGCAUUUAAAGAUGCAAAUGGUGCUGGCCUGGCCCGAUAUCAACUUCCGUAUAUCGGGAUAUUGGCCGAGCGAUGGCUUGGAGAAGAGUAG